AUGAGAUUAAAUAUUAUUUCAAAUAAUUUUAAAAGUUUAAUAGAAUCAAAUAAACACUAUUUAUUUACUUUAAGAAGAGGACACAAACCAAUAUAUUUCAUAAAGGUAAAUAUAUUUACAAAUAUAAAUUUAAUAAAAAAAAAGAAUCAAUUAACGUCUAUAUAUAAAAAUGAUAGCGAAGAGAGUGUUAAGAGAAAUGUUAAUAAUAUAAAACAAAACUUUCUUGAAAAAGAAAAAAUUGAAAAAAAUGAUUCCACAAAUAAUAUUGGAAAAAGUCAUAAUGAAGUAAAUGAAGAAAAAACCAAUGUUAAUAUUAAAUUUGAUGAAAACAAAAAUAUUAAUAUAAAAGAAUAUGAUAAACACAACAAUGAAAAGGAUGAAAACAUUUACAAUGAUAAAAAUUUAGAUAAAGAAAUCAUAAUUGAGUUGCACAAUUUAAUAUCAUCUAUUAAAAAGUUAGAUAUAGAAGAAAGAAAUCAAAUUAUAAUGUAUAUUAACACAUUAGAUAAAAAGUAUUUAAGAAAUAUUGAAAAAGAAAUAAUCAUUUUUUUUGAAAAUUUAGACCUAUAUAUGGCUGCAAAUGGAUUAUUAAUUUGUGAUAUAGGAGGGAAGGAAAUUUUUAAUUAUAUUGAUAAAAUAGAUAUAGUAAAUGAGAAGAAUGAUAUAAACAGUGGUGUCAGUGAUGAUGAGUAUUGCAAAAAUUUCAAUAUUAACAUAAAUAAUUUAUUUGAUAUGAAUUUUAUUAAAGAAAAAAAAAAACUUAUUUAUGGUGAUAAUAUUUAUCCAAUAGUUCAGGAUAAAAAUAUAAAUAAAAUUAUUGAUAUAAAUAAUAAAAAGGAAAAUGAUGAACAACUGAAAAAAAAUGAAAGUGUGUGUGAAGAAAUUGUUGAUGAUAAUAAUAUAAUAAAUAUUAGAAGACAAAUGCUAAUAGAAAGAUCUUCAUAUAAAAAAGCUAUUGAAGAAGCAGAGGAAUUUGUUUCCAAUUUACAUGAUUUGAAUAAAAUAACAGAAAUACAAGGAUUAUGUAAAAUAUAUUUGAAUUGGGUUAAUGAAUUGGAAAAAAAAAUUAUUAAUUAUAAAGAAAAAAAACAAAAAAAUAAAAAAUGUUUUUUUCCUGAAUUAAUAGAAGAAAAAUUAUUAGCUAUCAUAACAGUCAAGUGGGCAAUUCAAUAUACAUUUAAUCCUUUAAAGAAAAAAUAUUCUAAUAACGUUAUAACUCAAUCAAAAAAUUUCGAACAAGCAUACGCGUAUCAAUCAUUGUUCACACACAUAGCUAUUAAGAUUGGAGAAGAAAUUAAUAACGAAUUAAAUUUUCAAUUAUUGGAAAAAAAUAAUUUAUUAUACAAUUUCAUAAAGAAAAAUAAAGGUAAUGCUUCAUUUUCUCAUUUUCAAAAAUAUAGAAUGCUGAAUAAAAUAAAAGAAAAAAUAAAAAAAAGUAAAAUGAUGGAAAAUAAGAGUAUAUGUGAAACAGACGAUAAUAAGAAUAAGAUUGAAGUAAACGACAAAAUCAAAAUGGACAUAAAAAAUGAAGAAAAUUUAUUUUUAAAUAAUAAUUUUGAAUUAAUUCAAUGGAAUUCUGUAAAAAAAGCAUCAAUUGGUGGUUUGUUAUUAAAAAUGUUAAUAGAUAAUGCAAAAAUUGAUGUUGAUAUAAAUACAGCAAAGGAAGAAUAUAAAAAGGAAUACAAAUAUUAUUUAUUUUUGCAUAAAACAGCUAAAAAUAGUGGAGAACUUUUGCAUUCAGAUUGCAAAUAUAAAAAAGAAUUAAAUUAUCAAAAAUAUUAUGAAGAAGAAUCAAACUCCUUAAAUUUUAUAAUUGUUGAUAAAAAUAAAAGAAGUGAUAUAUUAAAAACAGUAAGAAAAGAAUGUAAUGAAAAAAAUAAAACAAUAAAUGUAGAGAAGGAUAAGGUCAUAAAAGAUGAUAAUAUUUAUAAAUUAAAUAACGAAGAAUAUAGAGAAAACGUGGAAACAAAUGAGCAUAUAAGAGGUUAUACAAACGAUAUAAGUAACAUUAAUCAUGUGCACAAUUUAAAAAAUUUAGAUAAUAUUGAUAAAAUAAAUUAUUCAAAAAAUGCCAAUGAGGAUGUAGAAGAGAUAAUAGCAUCAGACGAUAAAAAUAAAAAAACAAAAAAAAAAUCAAAAGAGAAUAAUUUUUGUAAAAAACAGAAAGAAAAAUUAAAAAAUAAAGAUAUAAUAUUAUAUAGAUCAAAAAGAGAUAAAAAUAAAAUAGAAUUACCUGUAUUUAUCCAUUCAUAUAUAUGGAAAAACAAUAACUGGUAUGGAGUUAUGCAUAUGAGAGAAUGUUGUGCUAAUUAUUUAUUAAAUAAUGCAAUUAAUUCUCAUAUUCCCUUAAAUUAUCUACCGAUGAUAUGUAAACCUAAAAGAUGGACAGAUUCAGAAGGUGGGAUGUUAUUAUUAAAAAAUAAUUUUAUUAGAUGUAACAUUAAGCCUCUAUUUAAUUUAAAUGUUUGUAAUUUGACUAGAAUAAAAAAUAUUGUAUCAGAGAUUGGUAAUGUAAAAUGGAAAAUAAAUAAGGAAAUUUUGCAUUUCAUUGAAUAUGCAUAUUUCAAUGGAAUAACAAUAGGUAAAAUACCUCGGAAUAAAAAUUAUAGUUUACCUAAAAGUGUAGAUUUGAAAAGUAAUAAUAACGAAGAAAUAAGAAAAUAUUAUUUAUUAAAAGAAGAAAUAAAUAGAUUAAAUAAAUGUUUAAUUAGUGAAAGACCAACUUUUUUACAAAAAUUAGCAGUAGCAAAAACAUUAAAAGAUAAUGAAAUGAUAUAUUUUCCUCAUAACAUAGAUUUUAGAGGGAGAAUGUAUCCUUUGUCUCCUCACUUGCACCAUAUGAGUGAUGAUAUAUGUAGAAGUUUAAUUGUUUUUUAUGAUGAAAAGGAGAUAGGAGAAAAAGGAUUAUUCUGGUUAAAGGUUCAUUUAGCAAAUAAUUUUGGAAAGGAUAAAUUAAAUUUUGAAAAAAGAAUUCAAUGGGUUGAUCAAAAUAUUGAUAAAAUUAAAAAAUUAAGUGAAAAUCCUUUUGAUAAUAUUGAGUUUUGGAGUUUAGCAGAUAAUCCAUGGCAAGCAUUAGCUGUUUCUAUAGAUUUAUCUAAGGCAUUACAAUGUUCUGAUUCUUCUAGAUAUAAAAGUAAUAUUCCUAUUCAACAAGAUGGAACUUGUAAUGGAUUACAACAUUAUGCAGCUUUAGGAAGAGAUAAAGAUGGCGGAAAAGCUGUAAAUAUUGUACCUUUUGAUGAACCACAGGAUAUUUACUCUGUUGUUUUAGAUAUUGUUAUAAAUAAGAUUAAAAAUGACUUAAACAAAAAUAUUUAUGCUAGUUAUUGUUUUAAAUUUGAUCUUUUAAAAAGGAAAGUUGUGAAACAAACCAUUAUGACCAUAUGUUAUGGGGUAACAUCAAUAGGUGCAAAAAAUCAAGUUAAAGGAAAAAUUCAAACCAUGAUAGGGAAAGAUUUAGAUAAAAAUACAAUUAAUAAAUUAUCUCAAUAUAUUGCAAAUUAUAUAUUUGAAUCAAUAAGUGAAAUAUUUAAAAGAGCAAUGAUUAUCAAAAAAUGGUUUAAUAACUUAUCAAAAGUGACAAAUGAAUUAAAUAUCCCUAUUACUUGGAUUUCACCAAUAGGAUUACCAUGUGAACAACCAUAUAGAUUAGGGAAUAGGAUUUUAGUAAAUACUCCUUUACAAACAGUUAGUGUAAUAUCGUACAAAAAUAGUUUACUACAUAAAAAUAAACAAAGAUUAGGUUUUCCACCAAAUUUUGUUCAUUCAUUAGAUGCUUCUCAUUUAAUGAUGACAGCUGAAAAAAUGCUAAUUGAAAAUAAUUUUAGUUUUGCUGCAGUUCACGAUUCUUAUUGGGCUCAUGCAUGUAAUGUGGAUAUCAUGAAUAAAUUUAUUAGAGAUUCUUUUGUAACUUUAUAUAAUGAACCUAUAUUAGAAAAUAUUUAUCAAAAUUUUAAAAUACGGUUAGGAAAAUAUGCAACAAAAAUUUCUCCUCCUCCUGAACAAGGAGAAUUAGAUAUAUCAUUAGUUAGAGGAAGCCUUUACUUUUUUAGCUAA